UCUACAAAGCAUUCUCCAAUCAGAACAGCUGAGUACUCGGAUUGCUAUCAAUUAGCAUAAAUAAAUAGGUUUUUUUCCUAACAUAAGUUGUGUUACUCAAUAGAAAGAAGGUUCAAAGAAAAUAUAUGGCUUCUGCUACACAAUUGACCCACAAAGGCAUCCACUUGGCCGGAUUGUGCAGGUCCACCUGGUCCAAGCCCUUGUCCAGAAAUAUGGCAACAAAGCCCAUACUGUAUUCCUUUUGGGCUAGUUCGUGCUCUUGGAGAGUUCGCGCUGCACUGGCUAUCAAGAAGAUAGAGUAUGACAUUACGCCGACUUCCUUGCUGAAAACAGUCAGCGGCCAUGCCUAUACGGAUGCAUAUAGGGAAGUUAAUCCCAUGCAAAAGGUUCCCUCCCUGAAGAUUGAUGGUCACACCUUGUGCGACUCGGUGGCUAUUAUGCACUACCUGGAGGAAACUAGACCUCAGCCCGCACUUCUGCCUCAAGAUCCAGUUAGGAGAGCUAAGGUGCGUGAAAUCGUGGAGCUCAUUUGCUCCGGCAUCCAGCCGCUGCAGAAUGUGGGUGUCCUGGAUCAUUUGGGCAAGGAUCAAAGCUUGCAAUGGGCCCAACACUGGAUUUCUCGAGGAUUUCAAGGUCUGGAGAAGGUACUAUCCCAAUCGGCGGGUAAAUUCUGCGUGGGAGAUGAGCUCAGCAUGGCCGAUAUUUGCCUUGUACCUCAGGUCCGCAAUGCCAGGAGAUACAAAACUGACCUGACCCCAUAUCCCACCAUAGUACGCUUGAAUCAGGAACUACUGGAACUGGAUGUGUUCAAAGCCACUCAUCCCAGUACCCAGCCAGAUUGUCCACCUAAAUUCGCAAAGAAAUAAUCAGAGCUUAAGAUAUGUUACAAUUACAUUGCAUUUGUAGAGAUAUUCGAUAUUAAAUGGUUUUCCAAAGCACCCAA